UCUGUCCCCAACAAACACACACCAACUCUCUCUCUCUCUCUCUCUCUCUCUAACCUGAUACGCUUGAUAUCAUGGAGGGGAUGAUGAUGAGGAAACAAACUUGUGUUGCAAGAACAACAGCCUCAUCAGCUUUAGCCAUCCAUAAGGAGUCAGGCAAGAUCUCCAAAAUGAAGCCAAAGAUCCGCAUAAUUCACAUAUUUGCACCGGAGAUCAUCAAGACAGACGUCGCCAAUUUCCGGGAACUGGUCCAGAGGCUCACUGGAAAGCCCGCAGCAGAAAGGGACGCCGCCAAGAAGAAGAAUCCGAGAAACCCUAGAAAGGAAGAGCCGGCGACGAAGAAAAUGGAAACUGGGUUCUGUUCUUCAGGAUUCAGAGAGAGAAUUAAGGGCGAAGAAGAGAUUUGGGUCGGCGAGAACUCGAGUGGCGCCUGCGGAUUUCUGGCGGAAUUUGCAGAGCUGGAAGGGUUCAUGCAAGAGCUGAAUAAUGAGUUCCCAUUGCUGCCUUUGGAUGCUUCUCAUCAUGUGGAUGCUCUUGAUCUUGGAGAGACGACUCAGCUUGCCUAUAGCUAGCUAAGCUAGUUGACAGAAUUAAUUAUAUACCACUUCAUCAUCAUCAUCAUCUUCUUAAUUCUUCUUCUUCAUGACUAUUUGAUUAAUUAAUUUCUUCACAUCAUUGUUAGGGUUCUUUAUAUAGUUAACUGAAUUCUUUCCUUCCAUCAGAUUCAUAUGUGUAUUAGCUGCAGUAUUCCCCUCUUCCUAAUUAAUUAAAAUCUCCAGUUUUUUAUUUUAACCCUCAAAUUUGUAUGUUGUAUAUACACGGGGACAAACAGCCUCAUGUCUAUUAUAUACCAUUUGUGUCUUUUCUUCAA